GCCAAGAUGAGACGCCGUGUGCACGAUCUACGUCUGAUGUCUGGACCUCGGACGAGAAUGCAUUUUACCUCUUGUCCCAGCCAAUUCACCCGGGCCGGACGAACACCUACCCAGCACACACACCGAGGGAGAUCUGCAGCUUGUGUGCCGAGUGAUUUGCGCGCCCUCUUCCCACGCCACGAUGGCGGCGUGGCUGACUCUCGCGCCUAUGCGUGACGCACGCAUGUACAGCGCGACGAGCCACGCCUGCUCGUCAUGACCGGUACACAUGUCGCCGAACGACCAGGCUUGGGCCAUCAACAUCAAGGCUCAGAAAGUCAAAGACGUGAUGCGCACCGAGGGUUCCAAUGUGCCGAGAAUGAAACGACGCAGUGAGGCUCUCACGGACCCGCCAUCACGUCGGGUGUCCUCCUCGCUUCAAACUGCCGUGGGCCGACCGAGGAUGACAAGCAUCAGAACGGCCUGUCGAAUCUCAAACUCUAAUGGAAGGGUUUGCUCCCGCAACUCUGUCUCCGGACCUGUCCCUGGCGCCCAGGCAGAUUUGGCAGCCCUGGCGGUAGAUCUCUGUGCCUUCUAGCCGAACCACCCCCUGCCUGCAGCCACCUUGCAGGGGCCCCAUACUGGCCCCUUUGGUGAUGGUUUCAUUCCGGCCCUCACUCCUGCCGGCGAUGGUGAGGAUUCAUCCAAGGGGCCCGUUGUUGGCUCGUCAUUGGCGUCUGGUAUCUGCCGCUAGGUGGAAUGCAGGCCCGUGAUGCCACAACGCCCGGCAGGGUCCUGCGUCUGAUGGUAGUCCGAUGCCACGGGACGGGAGCCCUGGCCGCCAUCGUGGGGACUUCCGUCUUGUUCAUCUUUUUUUUCCUUUCCUGCUCCUAUAUAUCCUCUGAGAAGUCUCGUGGCCUACUUUCUUUUCGUCCCGUCUUGUUCAUCCGACAUUCAUUCAUUCAUUAGUUCUGCGAACAUUACAGCUUGACGCUCUUUUCAUAAUUCUUCAACAGGCCGGACCUUUCUAUAUUCGAAAAAUACCCUCUUUUACCGUUCGCCUUCGCUAAAAAUGAAGUACCAAGCUACUAUUCUCGCCCUCACGGGCCUGGCUGCUGCUCGGGGGUUGCCCUACUCUCGCAUGGCCAAGCGUGAGGUUCCCCAGGAGCACGCUCACGAGAACAUUCUCCGUGUUGUCAACACCAACCUCAAGCUGGACAACCCUCUUGAGAUCCAGGAUGCCGUCUUCUCCCUUCUUGGAAAUGCUGCCGCUGCCAAGGGCGCCCCCAACGUCGACAACCUCGACUGCCUGCAGCAGAUCGUCGCCGACCAGGCCUUCACCAACGCCAAGGCCGCUGGCGAUGUUGACGGACAGGCCAACGCCAUCAUGUUCCGCGCACUCGAGCGCAACACUGGCAAGGUCGGCCUGGCCUCCGUCCUCUGCAACGAGACGGCGCAGAACCCUGAGAUCGCUGCCAUCACCCAGCACCAGGACCCAGCCUCCGCUGAGGCCUCGGGCAACAAGCAGAUCGCCCUGGAUGUCGCGACCCAGCUCGCCUCCAUCGGUGCCGACCCCAACCUGGCCAUCCAGACCGGCACCUUCGCGCCCGGUGACGUGAACGACAACACCGGCGCUGGCAACACUUGUGACGACGCCGACGAUGCUGCUGGAUGUAUCAAUUCCCAGAACCUUCUCGUUGCUGAUGUUACCGAGGAUGAGAUCGCUGCUGCAGUCGGUGGUAAAGCCUCCAAAGGUUCCGCUGGCGCGGCCGCCUCUAACUCUACGGCCGAUGCUGCAAGUGGCGCUGCAGAGGGCGCUGCAAAGGGCGCUGCGAGUGGUGCUGCAAGUGGCAACAACGUACAAACCUUCACUGGCAACCUGGGAGGAGCCGCCCCUGCUGUUGUUGACUCCGGGGAUGCCAAGCGUCCCUUCUCCGUGAACGGUGCCACCUUUGUGAACGAGGGUGCCGCUAUCCAGCGCAGCUGCGCCGUCCAGCACAACGCCUGCGCCAACGCCGCCAACUCGGGCCAGGGCGACUUCAGCGUCGCCGACUGUGGUACCCAAGAGGACGAGUGCAACGCCGCCGCCAGCGCCAAGAAGCUCCGCAGGACCACCCGCAAGCUGCGCGCCCGCCAGGCCAACCUGGACUUUGGCUCCUGUAGCAACCCGGCCAUUGAGUUCGCUGCCGGCCUCGACGGCCGUAAGGAGGAGGCGUUCGCGCCCGCCGACUCGGCCGACUUCAACCACGGCAGCGCCCUAAACAUCAAGGUCAUCUCGGGCUUCAUCUGCGGCCAGCUGGAGAGCAAGUGCAAGGCCUCGGCCGAUGCCGUCAGUGCCUGCAACGACGCCGCCAGCGCCGCCGACGCCGAGAAGGGCCAGGCUGCCGCUGAUGCCUUCAACUCUGCCCUGGGCGUAUCUGCCUAAGCCGGGGGUGAUUGAAACGUUUCCAUUGUCUUUUUUUUUUCUUUUCGGGUUUCAUGACUGUGUAUACUACGUCUUCCAGGAUAGGG